AUGACCUGCGGCGACAAAGAGAAGAUUCGAAGAUUCAGUAGCUUGGAGCGGUCACCGAAGAAGGUGAACUUGAGCGGCCGAAAGGUGAAUCUCAGGUUUGUUAUCUGGGAUUCAGAACCGUGGUUGGGAGAAGAUGUGAGGAAAGCCAACUUUCAUAUGAGGAUUCCGCAAGAGAGGGGAACUAGACAAGGGGUGAGAGAAAUCGGAGGAUACACAGAACCGCAAGAAGAUACCGACACCGAGUUCAUAAGCCCCGGAGAUGGUCAUCAAUUCCAGCGAAAAGCUACCAAUCUGAAGAUCUGUGGUUUGGGUUAUAAAUCCAUGUUGAAGAGGGUCCAUAGGGGAGAACGAGAUUGGCGACGGAAGGAAACCAGAUUUGCUUGCCCUGACGUUUGA